ACAUUUUAAAAUCAAAAGACAUUCGUAUCAAAAUUUUAAAUGUAUGUUCAAUAAAUAUGAUAUAGAAAUAUUUCUGUCACACAAUAUACAGUUUAAAUUGUAACGUAUGUUUUGACGAUGGCGGUAUAAAUUUUAAGUGCUGUCACAGUGCGAAAGGAAGAUCCACUGGGUUGGCAAAACCCAUAUAGAAAAUCCAUUAGUACAUGCUACUAAAAUACAGAAGGAUGAAGUUUAUGUCCUUAUUAAUAUUUCAAGUGAUCCUCAUGGUCUUGUACUUCUGGUUCGUGAAGUACGGAAGUGUAAAGGAAUUCGACGUACAAGGAUUUGAAGGCACACAUGUAAUGAUAUUCAUUGGUUUCGGGUUUCUUAUGACUUUUCUAAGAAAGUACUGCUACAGUGGCGUCGGGUUCAACAUGUUCCUCGCCGCACUCGUAAUACAAUGGGCACUGCUCUGCCAGUCGUGGUACCACAUGAAAGAUAACAUUAUUUACAUCACAAAGAAGACUUUACUCGAAGCUGACAUUAUGGCGGCAACAAUAUUAAUCACAUUCGGGGCUCUUCUCGGCAUCACGUCGGUGAACCAGCUAUUAUUCAUAGCUAUCAUCGAGACUGUGUUCGCCUGCUUCAACCUUUGGCUAAUUACGUCACAGUUUAAAACAGCUGACAUCGGCGGUUCAUUAGCUAUACACACGUUUGGAGCGUACUUUGGACUUGCUGCGAGUUGGGCAAUGGCUUACGGCCGUAAAAAAAGGCCUGAUCAACAGAAUCAGUUAAAUCGGCCGAUUUAUUCAACUGAUAUGACGGCAAUGAUAGGUACACUUUUUCUGUGGAUUUACUGGCCGUCAUUUAAUUCUGGUUUAACGCACUCAAACGCUGAGUGUCAACGAGCGAUCAUUAACACAUAUCUCUCUUUGGCUGCGGCGACCGUAACUGCAUUCAUUGUAUCGUCAUUUGUUCACGAGGAGGGCAAAUUGGAUAUGGUACAUGUUCAGAAUUCUACACUCGCUGGUGGAGUCGCUGUCGGCGCAGUAUGUAACAUGCACAUUAGUUGCGGUGGAGCCAUUUUUAUAGGCAUUGGUGCUGGAUUUAUAAGUGUACUAGGAUACUCGUAUUUAACGCCAACGCUUGCUGAAUCCAGUGUCAUGGACACGUGUGGAGUACACAAUCUACAUGGAAUGCCAGGCGUGUACUCAGGACUUCUAUCUAUAUUGUUUUCUUAUUUGGCCACAACUGAUGUUUAUGGAGAUGAAUAUGGUGUUGUGUUCCCGGCCUUGGCUAAUGCCAGUAACUUAACCGGCGGUCCACCUCAAAACGAGACAAAAACUUCCUCCGUGCAAGCGCUCGCGCAAUUUGAAGGGUUGAUCGCUACCUUGGGUAUUGCGAUCAUUGGUGGAAUAAUAACAGGUGCAUUGUCUAAAAUAGCAAUAUUUGUUCCAUUGAAGGAACCGGAAAAAUAUAACGACGCAGUUGAUUGGGAACUCCCUAAGUGAGGUUAUAAAAUAUAUAAAAAUGCGAAAAAUGUUAGUCUGUUAUUGUUAAUUUGUGUGAUGUUUUAAAUUGUCCUCGACGCGUUUGUAAGUUGAGAUGUACUAAAUAUAUAAAAAAUAAAUUUUAGCACUUGUGACGAUUUAUAAAAGUAAAAAGUAUACAUAUAAAAUUGAACAAUCUGCAAUCUGAUUUUUCUAUCUAUUUUGAAAGUUAUUUUGAUUAUUACAAUUAUAUCACGGUUUAAAAUGUUUGAUAAUGCAAAAUGUUAUAUGUUAUGAAUAUAGUCUUAUUAUUGA